AUGACACCAUCAGUGCUCAUUUCAAACCUCACAGAGGACUGGGUGGAGAGUCUGCAGAGGUGGCAGCUUGAUUUUUUUCUCAUCCCUACCACAAUCAUCACUCUGGCCACGUUGGUGGCCAACCCUGUUCUCCUGACGUGCAUCUUCAUGUCCCGUGCCCUGCGUCAGGAGACACGUUACCUGCUGGUGGCCAACACCCUGGCAGCGGACAUGCUCUUCCUCAUCGUCAACCUGAUCACAGUGAUCUGUAACACCGUCAGAGCUCAGACUCCCUGGCUGGUUUGUGAACUGCUCACAGCUAUAACUGUCACCUCCUACUGCUGUGCCAUCCUCACCGUCACCCUCAUGGUGGUCGACACCUACGCUGCGGUUCGCUGGCCGCUCCGUUACCAUGAUAUUCUUCCACCUGCCCGCACCCACUGUAUACUUGUGGGAGUGUGGGUGCUGGCAGCCAUGUACCCUUUCAGCCUUGUGAUCAUGAUGGAGGUGGAGAGGGGAAAUCCCCAUCAAAGUGUGUCUGUGUGUCUGGUCCUCAUCUCCCUUGGCUUCAUUCAGCUCAAGAACACAGUGGCGAUCUACAUCUACUUCUUUGUAGCUGCGAUUAUCUGUGCUUUGCUCAUUUUUUUCUGCUACAUCCGGCUCUACAUGGUAACAAGGACCCAAGGCAUCUGGCAGAGUCGCUUCUCGAGGGCCCGCGUCACGCUGCUGGCCCAUGGGGUUCUUCUUCUGCUCUACUUUGUCCCCGGCUUCGUUUUCACCCUGGAGCUCUUCUUGUUCAGAACCACAACAGAGAACCACAAAAGUCAGGAUGUUCGUGUGUGGGUCAGCACAGUCAAUAUGUGCGUGUUAAUGUUGCUGCCAAGAGCAUUUGCUCCAUACCUGUAUGGGCUGAGGUACAGGGAGAUCUCUGACACUCUAAUGCAGCUGCUGCAGCAGCACACAAAACUCAGCCCGAUCACAGUUAAAUGA